CUCCAAGAUUUCAGUAAGAAGAACACCGCCCUCAACCCUUGCCUCUGUAUUUCUGUCUUUCCAUUGCAGAGUGAUAGAGAGAGAAAGAAGAGAGAAGGAAUUUUGUUUGUGCCGUUAGCUUCAGACUGCAAAUAGAGAGUGAAAAACCAAUCUUUGCUGCUGGAUUCAGUUGCAGAGACAUAGAGAGAGAAAAAUAGAGAGAGAAAGAGAGGUUGCUAGGUUCUGUUUAGAAAUUAAUUGUGUUGGGUUAUUAGAUAAAUAACCCAACAAACUGUGUGUAGAGAGAGAAACAGAAAGACAGGGCUUGUAGCUUUGGGAUCCUGCUUCUGGUGGUCUCAAUUGGAGAGAGAAGGCGGUGGAUGUGGCUUUGCGGUCGAAAAUUUUGAGGUUUGCAAAGUUGGGGCAUCACGGCUGAGCAAAGGGCUGUGCGGCGGCACCUCCAUGCGCAAGUGGAGCGCCGACGCGUAGAGAGCAGCACCCCAUCCCCCCACGGCGGCAGGGGAGCUCUCCCUUCUGAAGGUGGCAGCCCCUCGGAUCUUCUCUUCCUUGCAGGCGGUGGCUUCUUUUCUCUCUCUUCCUCGCUUCUCACUCUUCUCCCUCCUUGAAAUUGAAUUCUAGGGAGAGAAAGAGAGGAUUUUGCCCUUUUUUAGCAUUUGGAAUUUGAUUUUCAUAAGCACAAAGCCACAAAGUUCUUCUUCUGCCCUUCGAUCGAUCUGUGAAAGAAAUAAAGAGAGGAAUUAUGCUAACUAUCAAGAGGGUUCCUACCGUGGUCUCCAAUUAUCAGGAGGAAUUGGAGAACCUCGGCUGCGGGCGUAAUUGCCUUGGCAAUUGCUGCCUUCCUGUCUCAAAGCUGCCCCUGUAUGCCUUCAACAAAAAACGGGGUUUAGCAGGCGGCAAAGAUGAGAAAGAAAGUGAAUCCGAGCCUGAAAAAUCCUUCCUUGACACACUGCUUCUUGGGCAGUGGGAAGAUAGGAUGAGCAGGGGUCUUUUCCGAUAUGAUGUCACUGCUUGCGAGACGAAGGUGAUUCCUGGGAACUAUGGAUUCAUUGCCCAGCUGAAUGAAGGCCGCCAUCUUAAGAAACGACCAACUGAAUUCAGGGUGGAUAAAGUUCUCCAACCCUUUGAUGACAAGAAAUUCAAUUUCACCAAGGUGGGGCAGGAAGAGGUUCUCUUUCGUUUCGAAGAGAGCAACCAUGAUGAAACUUUCUUCUUUGAGAAAGCUGCUGCUUCCUCUUGUCCCAGUGUUGUGGCCAUCAAUGUGAGCCCAAUCGAGUAUGGGCAUGUGCUCCUUAUCCCUCGUGUCCUUGACUGCUUGCCCCAACGAAUUGAUUCUGAAAGCUUCCUGUUGGCCCUGCAUAUGGCUGCCGAAGCUGCAAAUCCCUUCUUCAGGCUUGGCUACAACAGCUUGGGUGCCUUUGCCACCAUCAAUCACCUCCACUUCCAGGCAUAUUACAUGUCAAUGCCAUUCCCGGUUGAGAAGGCACGAACAAAGAGAAUUGCCAUAAUGAGCAAGGGAGUGAAGAUGUCAGAACUAUGUGAUUACCCAGUUUGUGGCUUAGUCUUUGAGGGUGGGAAACAACUUGAAGAUCUCUCUGAAGCGGUUUCCCUCUCUUGUAUCUGCUUGCAAAACAACAAUAUACCUUAUAAUGUCCUCAUUUCGGACUCUGGCAGGCGCAUCUUCCUCUUCCCUCAGUGUUAUGCAGAGAAGCAGGCCCUCGGAGAGGUGAGCCAAGAGUUGCUCGAUACCCAAGUGAACCCAGCAGUCUGGGAGAUUAGUGGGCACAUGGUGCUAAAGAGGAGGAAAGACUAUGAGGAGGCGUCUGAGGACUAUGCAUGGAGGCUUUUAGCAGAGGUUUCUCUCUCUAAGGAAAGGUUGGAAGAGGUGAAGGCUUAUAUAUUGGAAGCACCUGGGUUUUCGGAGACUGAAGAGAGAGAAGAUGAGAUGGAGGACACCUGUAGUACUUUGGAUAAAGAAAACCCAUUUAAAGCUCAUGCCCCACAUCCUCGCUUCAGUGAGGGAUGCUUAGUUCUUCAGUAAAUCUCUUAAUAGUGUCCUUGGGUUUGACUAUAUCUAGGCUUUUAUCUCUACUUCAAUUGGGUUUAUCAUUUGUAUUAUACAUAUGCCAGGACAUUUAUGCUAUCAGAUACUGUAAGCAAGUACUUAUGUUUUGCAUUGUUGAUGAACUUCACAUAUCUAAACUGCAUAGCAGGUUUUAUAUGGUUUAUUUUCA